CAGAACAACCAGACAAUGGAAACUCCUCUCAGUCAAUGAUAAUGAACCAAGGCCCACCUGUACCGAACAAUGCCAUUAUGGCCAGACCACCUAUGCCAGUUCCUAUGGGCGUCCCUCCAGGUGUUCCCACAGAGUUUUUGUUGUCAUGAUGAUAGAAAAGAGCCGCAAAUAUACUUCACCGACUCAAAUGACAGCCAUGAGGCGNUCCACACCCGUUCCUCUUCAUGAAAGAACAAGAAGUAUGAAGUUCUCUGAGAUCAGCCGCCAAUUUGAUUCUGGAAAUUUCCGGAACAGAAGAUUAAAAUCCAAGAAACCUGUUUUUACUCAGCUGCGAGCCCCAUUUAUUCCACCCCCAGCAAAAACAUCAAAGGGCAGUAAAUAUAUAACACAGAUUGUAAAAGACACCAAUUCAGAUGGAUCAGACGAAGAUGGUAAAAUUCAAAACCAAAUUCAAAAUUAUGAGAAGAAAAUCGAUGAUUUGAUGUUUGAAGUAGGAAGUCUGAAGAAUCAGGUGGAUCUACAGAAAGCCUUGCAUGAUAUUGAGAAAAAUGGUAGCAUGCUGGAGACUCGCAGGAAGAUGAUGGAGGAGCACACUGAGCAGCUGAAAAGCAUUUGUGGUGAGCUGGAUGCGUCUUCAAAUGAGAACCGAGUCCUUCGACAGAACUUGAACCAACUGAAAGAGGUUGCCGAAGAGAAGAAAGCUCAGUGUGAAAAAUUAUGCUCAGAGAAAGACAAAUUGACACGGAAACUGAUUGAAGUUGAGCUGGAUGGCCAGGCUGCAGGAAAAUUAGUCUCGGAGAUGAAUUUAGCCAUUGGAAAACUGGUCGAGGAAAUCAAGCCAACACCAACCCAGUCCGACACAGCCUACAAGUUCUCUCGUCAGAAAGAUGCCCUGCUCAACAAACUUUCGACUUUUGAAUCUACUAACCAGACCCUUCAGAAGAUGCUUCAGGAUCGACAUUCUCAAGAAAUCGGGUUACAACGUGUUGCCGAACAGAACAAGUUGCUGUUCCAGAAACUACAGGCUGUUGAAAAGGAAAAAGAGAAGUUGAUUCUUGACCAGUUCACUCAAGACAGAGCUAUAUCUCAUUUAGAAGCCACUGUGUCGGAACAAAAGGAAGAAUUAAAUUCACUAAAACGUCUUCAGAAAUCAGUAGAACAAACACGGGGCCAUCUUCAAAGACAACUUCGAACUAAAGAAGCAGACUGCAACAGAAUGUCUGUACAGAUACAGACCCUGGAGAAGCAAUUAGCUGAGGCUGUGAUGGACAACAAACGGCUGCAACAUCAAAUGUCCACAGUUAAAGACCAGUCAGACAAGGACAAAGGUUACCUGAAGAAAGCAACACGGCUACUGAAGCAGAAAGCCAGCCACACAGAAGACACUGUGGAACAACUAAACACUGAAUUGCUAAACAAAGAUAAAGAACUCACUGAUGCCAACACACAGCUUGAUGUCUACAGGACAAGACUGGAACAAACUGGCCAAGAGAAGAGCUCAGCUCUUGCAGAAUGUUCUAAGCUAAAGCAACAAAUGGAAGAUCUGAAAAAUAAGAUCCACCUCUAUGAGGACAAUUCUACAGAAACAUCUAGAAUGUCAGCCAGACUGGAGGAGAAGAUGUUGGAGUGUCAGAACAAAUGUCAGGAGAAUGAGAAAUUAAUGUCUAUCCAAGAGGAACUGACGUCAAAGUUGACCGAAGCUGAAACCAAUAUCAGCCAUUUGCAGACCAAACUGACACAGGCUGAAGAAACCAUUGAAGAAUACAAAAGCAGGAUGGACAUAUCCAGAAAUGAAGCUAAUAACACACUGAGUCUGUUGGAAGAACAACAGAAACAAAACAGUCGCAUCCAGAAAGAAGGAGAAGACGAACUGGAUAAGGUGAAGAAACGGUUACACCAACGUCUGUUAGAAUUGGAACCUCUGCCAGAGAUGUUGAAGACCACAGAACUAAAAGUGCAAGACUUUGAGCAACAGUUACAUUUGUCUGAGAGGAAGAACAUGGAAAACAUCAAACUCAUUGCAGAACUUACUUCAAAGCUGGAACAUGUCAAUGAGAUGCUAGAAGAGACCAAACAAAUGAGCCAUGAAUAUGUGGAGGAAAACCGAAGUUUAAGGAAUAAAGCCGACACAUUGGAACGGAAGUUUCUAGAAGUUACAGAACAGAAUCGUGAACUAAUGACUACCAUAUCCAAGAGAGAGGAAACCAUCCGCCAGAACAACGUCCGACUGGAAGAGAAAACUCAGGAAACGAUGAGCCUGACUCAUCAGCUAGAAAACGCCCUGCAGGAUCUGAAGCAGCAAUCGAGCAGCUUCCAUGACCGGGUCAUGUCAAAGGAAAGAUUAUCUCAACAGAAAAUCUUGGAUCUUGAAUGUCAAGUGAAUCAAGUGAAAACUGAGGUGAACAGAGUGAAGAGGGAGAAGGAUGAGAACGAUCGCAGAUGUAAUUCUCGGCUGCACGACCUGAAGGACCGUCUGGAACAGUCACAAAGCACAAAUCGAAGUUUGCAGAAUUACGUCCAGUUCCUGAAGACCUCUUACCGCAAUGUCUAUGGCGACAUGACUGAAUCCUUCCUGCGGCCAACACUGCCAUAAGGUUCAGGUUCAAUUCCAAAUAGUGUCGUGAUUUUAAUAUUGGCCAGUUAACGAGGAGGAGGAGGAUGUCUGAAAUCUGAGUGUUUCAGUCGGCUUCUAGUGACAAAUAUCCGCUGUGAUGGCAAUGAAUGAUAGGCACAACAUCACGAUGCUACAACAUACUCACUUAUACUCGAUUCUUGUUUCGGUAUUGAACUACACAUAGCUCAACCAACACGCAGGCUUGUAACUAUGGUAACGGUUGUAAACGGUCAAAAGAGUUGUUUCCCUUGACUCAGGUAUUUCUUCACCCCCCCCCCAACUACCUCCUUUAUUGUUUGAAACAGUUUGUUUGAGGGUACAUUCCUGUUCAAUCAUGUGAGAAGUACACUGCUGUUUAAUAGUUUAAUCAUGUAAGAGGUACAUUGCACGGUACCACACAAUCUUAUGUGAGGUUCAUUGCUGUACACUAUGUAAUCACGUGUAGUACAUUGUUGUACUUAGUCUUUUAAUGUGAAACAUAACUUAUUGUGAGGUACCUUGCUUUGUUACCUCCUCCUCCUCCUCCCUUCCCUGCACCCAAAUUUAACAAUUAUUGUAGAAUGUGAUCAUAUUUAAUCAGCCAAAUAAAAGUUGUUGUUUUUUUCAAAA